CCAAUCCUCGGUCUCUCCUCCUCCUCCUCUUCAUUGCCGUCCUCCUCCUCCCUCCAUCAGCUGUCCUUGGUGCUGCUGCCUCAGAUGGAGGCUGCAGUAUUCUGCUGAGUAGAGGUGAGCCAGCAUUCACCCGCUCUGCCUGCAGCCGUCAGCAGCCUGAGAGUCCCUGAAGAGGAAACUACAGCUCCCACAAUCCUCUGCUGCUGCUCACACUGCUGCUCUGCUGGUGUGAAGCCUCGUGGAACUCUGGGUGUCGCAGUCCUCACCGACUGGCUGCUGCUGGAGGCAGAGGGAGGAGAGGGUGACGUGCCAUGACAACAGUCAGAGGGAGACGCUCAGAGGGAUUCUGGUGAACCAUGUCUGCCAGUCUGGACGACGCCGACAGCGUGUUCGACCUGAACGAAGCUAUCCCAGAGACCGAGCUGCUGGACAACAGUAUCCAGAAAGGCCGAGCACAGCUGUCCGUCAAAACACGCAGGCACCGCCCCUCCAGGUCCCGUUACCGUGACAGCGUGAGCUCCACGGAGGGUGAUGAUGGUCUGGACAGGAAGGACAGUCCAUUACAGUCCACCCGUUCACCUCUCCACCUGGCCAUGCGUGGCUCCUCACCCUCACCUGAUUUGCUGCUGUCCUCUCGAAGCCCCGCCUUCUCCUUUGACACAUCACUGGGGCGGCACUCUCCAGAGGACGAAGACUCGUCAUUGGCUGCUCCGCCACGGGGGCGGUACCAUCAGCUGACCAAUGCAACGUCACAAGAGGCUCUGGUGACCCCCAGCAGCUCACCAUCUAAAUCCUGCCCCUCCUCCGACUGCUCACCUGCCUAUAUGAGGAGGAACAGGAGGCCCGACAGUGAAGUGCUGGUCUCUGAUACGAGUCGAGACUCCAGUCCAGCUAAACCCGGCGGUCCGACCGUCGUCUUGGACAAGAAGACAAAGAGACGCUUUCUGGACCUGGGGGUGACACUUAGACGUUCCUACAUCCGGGUGAGGAAAGAUAAAUCCAACAGGCUCUCUGUGGGCAGCAGAGAGCCGUCUGAGAGUCCGUCUCGGACGUCCGGAUCCUUCGUCUCCUUCUCCUGGUUCACUGAAGGACGGGGGUCGCUGUCCUCCUCCGGGACUCCCCCCCGUUCCCCCCAAAUCCCCCCACUGAGCUGCCAGAGACCCAGCAAAUCCCAUUCCCAGGAGUCGGCUCUCAGCGAGGAGUUUUCGCCUCCUCACACCUCCUCCUCCACCUCCCCUCCUGGUGAAUCCUCCUCCAGAUCCUCCCAUCCAUACCACACCCUGUCCCAGUCCUCCGACGAGCCCUGUGACGAGCCGUCCUCGGCGAUGUCCUCCUGGACCACCCAGCAGGUCUGUCAGUGGCUCAGAGGACUCAACAUGGAGCAGUACGUCCCAGAAUUCAGUGCUAAGGACAUCGAUGGAGAGCAGCUGCUGCAAAUGGACGGCAGCAAGCUGAAGGGUCUGGGCAUGCUCAGUUCUUCUGAUCGCAGCGCGCUGAAACGUCGCAUUAGAGACGUCCAAACUGCAGCGGAGAAGGAGAGGAAAGCUCUGGAAAAGCUGGAGAAACAGAAAGAGAAGCAGCGAAGGAAAGACCAGGAGCAGCGCAGGAGCUAAAUCCCACCACCAGGGGGAGGCAGAGGACCAGGACAGCAGGGAGGGCUCAGCACUAUAAACUAUCCUUCAUUCAUAUGUCCAGCCUGGAAAAUUCCUGGAUGUAAACAGUUAAAUGAGACGAGAAGACGAAGACUUGAAAAGUUAUUAAAGAUUGGAAACGUCUUAGGCUGCAUCUUUAUUUAUAGUUGAUGACUAUGGAGGCCUUGAAGGGACAAAUUUGGAACAUGAUGUUUCUGUUUCAUCAUCAUUCAGCAAACGAGUUGAACAUAAAUAUUAAAAGUUGCUUCUUUAAUUUGAUGUGAAGUCAGUGUGAAAACAGGAAAUCCCAACCACAGGUCUGACCCGUGAUGGUGUGUGUUACCUGUGUGGGACACUGGUGGUGGUCCUGCAGCAUCCUCUGCAUGUCUGGCUGGAAGAAUCUGUACAAAUGAGGAGGAUGAAGGGGGUUUUGGUCGAUUGGGUUCACCUACAUGCCCAGAAUCAGCUUCUCUCACCGAGUUAAUGUCAAAUUAUGAUUCUUUUUACAGCACAAGUAAUAACUUUGUUGUUUAAGUGUUAAAGAUGAACUGCGUCACUUUCUGACCUCAAAACUCUGCGUUUUGGACUCGACGUCUGUUCUCUCUCUGUCCAGCAGCGUCUCGAGGUGAGAAACCACUUGGCUAUGUUUUAUUUCCAGCUGGUCCGGAUGCAGUUACUCUGGACAACCAGGAACAUAAAUGCAGAAACUCUGACACCUCUAGAGUAAAAACGUCCAGCAGAGGUCUCUCUCCACUACGACACGGG